GCCGGCCGAGGCUCUCCCGUUCCAGAAGCCAGACUUGCACAGUCAGAACAGCGGGGGUUGGAACCCGGGCACCUGUGGUUCGGGGUAUUUUCAGCCCCACUCUCCACCCCUGGCGAUGGUGAUGGAGGAACGGGAGCCAGAAGCGCGCAGAAGCUCCCAGCCUUAGUGAGGAAAGGCGCUAAGGUGGGUGUCCUGGGUGGGAAGGUCGGCCUUUCCGGGCCUCCUGGGUGGGAGUCCCGCGUGGACCUCCUGGGGGCGAGCCCGCCUGGCUCGGGCCGCGGAAGCCGCGCUGUACGGUGGCUGUCUGUCCCCCGAGCCGUUCCGCUGCCCGGGUUAGCAGCUCUCUGGUCCCCUCGCCACCACCCCCUCUCCCUCCCUCCCUCUCCCUCCGCCUCCCCACGCGCAUCCGCCCAGCCCUGCCAAUCCCUCCCGGCGCGGAGAGGGCGCACGCGGAGGGCCGCGGGGCGCAGGCCGAGGCCCGGCCCCUGCCCGCCGCCGCAGCCGUCCCGCUUGGCGCGCGGCCCUCGGUCCCCGGCCCGCGCAGCCGCCGCUCGCUCAGGCCCGGCCCCUCGCCCCGGCCGCGGCUGCGCCAAUCGCCGGCCUCGCCUGGCCGCCGCCGCACCUGCGAGGAGGAGCCCGCGCGCCUCCGCCGCAGCCGUCGCUGCGUCCCCGCCCCGCCCCCACCACGGCGCCCCCAGAUCAUCCGCCGCCGGCGUCUGGCUCCCCCCGGGCGAGGAGCGGAAGCCGCUAUCCCGAGGCGGAGUUCGGGGCGCCGGAGCCUGGCCGGCUGCUCAGCCGCAGCUUCCGGGCAGCGCCGGCGACGCGCGGGGCGCUGGCGCCCCGCGGACCCCGCGACCCCGGGCGAGUGGGCGGGCGCCCCGGACGGGCAGCCCAGCCGGCGCAGGCGGCGGUGGCGGCGGCCGCGGUGGUCGCGCUCAGACGCCCCGUGCGCCGCGCUCCAUGCCGGUGUGGUGCUGCCGCUGCUCCCUGGCCGGUCAUUUCAGAAACUAUAGUGACACUGAAACCGAAGGAGAGAUUUUUAAUUCCUUAGUGCAAUAUUUUGGUGAUAAUUUGGGGCAAAAAGUUAAAGCUAUGCCAUUAGUUGAAGAAACUUCUUUACUGGAAGAUUCAUCAGUGACUUUGCCUGUGGUAGUAAUAGGAAAUGGACCCUCAGGAAUCUGCCUUUCUUACAUGUUAUCGGGCUACAGACCAUAUUUAUCAUCAGAAGCAAUACAUCCAAAUGCAAUCUUACAUAGUAAAUUAGAAGAAGGAAGACAUCUUUCCAUUGUUGAUCAGGACUUAGAAUACCUGUCUGAGGGCCUUGAGGGCCGAUCGUCCAAUCCAGUGGCAGUCCUUUUUGACACACUUCUUCAUCCAGAUGCUGACUUUGGGUACGAUUAUCCAUCCGUUUUGCAUUGGAAAUUAGAACAACAUCAUUACAUCCCUCACCUAGUUCUCGGUAAAGGUCCACCUGGUGGAGCUUGGCAUAAUAUGGAAGGUUCCAUGUUGACAAUCAGCUUUGGAAAUUGGAUGGAGCUACCUGGACUUAAAUUUAAAGACUGGGUAUCCAGCAAACGAAGGAACCUAAAAGGGGAUCGUGUUAUGCCAGAGGAAAUAGCUCGUUACUAUAAACAUUAUGUAAAGGUCAUGGGUCUGCAGAAGAAUUUCAGAGAGAAUACUUAUAUCACCUCUGUAUCAAGACUCUACAGAGAUCAAGGUGAGGGUGAUGGACAAGACAGAAAUAUUUCAACGCAGCAUUUACAGAUAGAGAAGUCAAAACUUAUCAAGAGAAAUUGGGAGAUCAGAGGUUAUCAGCGAGUAGCGGAUGGUUCCCACGUUCCCUUCUGUCUCUUUGCUGAGAACGUAGCUCUGGCAACCGGAACGCUGGAUUCUCCUGCCCAUCUGGAAAUUGAAGGGGAAGAUCUUCCUUUUGUGUUCCAUUCAAUGCCUGAAUUUGGAGCUGCUAUAGGCAAAGGAAAGUUGCGUGGCAAAGCGGACCCAGUGUUAAUUGUGGGUUCCGGGCUUACUGCAGCUGACGCAGUACUGUGUGCGUACAACAAUAAUAUUCCUGUGAUUCAUGUAUUUCGCAGACGAGUAACUGAUCCAAGCUUAAUUUUCAAACAGCUUCCCAAAAAGCUUUAUCCAGAAUACCAUAAAGUCUAUCAUAUGAUGUGUACUCAGUCAUAUUCUGUAGACUCCACUCUUCUUUCUGCUUAUACCAGUUUUCCUGAGCACCAUGUGCUUUCCUUUAAGCCGGACAUGAAAUGCAUUCUUCAAAGCAUCUCUGGAUUGAAGAAAAUAUUUAAGCUGUCUGCAGCAGUAGUACUGAUAGGUUCUCAUCCCAAUCUGUCUUUUCUGAAGGAGCAAGGGUGUUACCUGGGCCACAACUCAAGCCAGCCCAUCACAUGUAAGACUAAUCCUGUGGAAAUAGAUGCAUAUACCUACGAAUGUGUUAAAGAAGCCAACCUUUUUGCAUUGGGUCCUUUGGUUGGAGACAAUUUUGUUCGAUUUUUAAAGGGAGGGGCAUUGGGUGUUACACGCUGUUUAGCUACGAGGCAGAAGAAAAAACAUUUGUGGAAAGAGGAGGAGGAGAUGGGAUAGCUUAAAGUGAGUUUACAAGUAAUUUAUAUGGACAGUUUACCAUUAAAGGUUUUUUAAUAGUGGUUUUGCAGUGUACUGGCUUGAAGUUUCUGGACUUGAAUGAACUGAAGAGAGCCUCAAGCUAUCUGUAGUAACUAUUUUUUACAGUUACAAGAACUUGGCAUCCUGAUUUAUAUAGUAUCAAAGGUAUCACUGUCAGACCAAUAGAAACACUGCCAAUUUGGUAUACUUUAAGCGCUUAACAAAAACGUUCUUUUCUUCCAAGACUUAUUUUUGGUGAUCGUUUGUGGUUAUGUUUGAUUCCAAAAUCUGACAGCCUUGAAUAAUGGAUAAAACCAUACAGUCCCAUUAAACCAGAAAUUGUCUUCACUGUAUAUUCGAGCAGCAAGGUGACCUAAGGGUGGUCUAAAGACCAACAUUAGCUUCAUUUGUAGCUUGGUAGAAGUGUGGACUUUCAGGCCCCACAACAGAUUACUGAAAUCAGAAACCGCAUCUAAUGAGAUCCUCAAGGAAUCUGUAUGCUCAUUUAAGUUUGAGGCAUAUUGGUGUAAAAGAACUAUAACUUAGGUGUGGUGGGGUGGGCAGAGUAGGAAGCAUUUAUAACUCAGGUUUAAUUUAUUUUGAAGGAUCAAUUCUAUAAAUCUAAUUUAUUACCAAAUAUGGUAUUUUAAAAAUAUUUUUAUUGUAAACUUGGUAAGUACUUCAUAUUCUUAGCUUCUAAUAA